CAGGACGCCUCAAAUGUAGAAUGGAUGAAGCAAUUGUGUUAUCGAUUUAAGUAAUCGGUAUUACGAGAGAAACUCUAUGAGAGAUAUGGUGGAUAUUACAUUCAUCAUUGUUCAGGGCUAUAUUCAACUACAAGAAAUUGAUGCUCUCACAUCCUUUUAUUUCUAAAGUGGCUGGAUAUGCAGUUUCUUUUGAUUUCAUUGAUGUAAAAUUUCUUAAAGUUGUUUGAGUUUCUUUUAUUUUACAAUCUUGUAUCCAAUUUUCUUAAGGCACAAAUCAUUCAUGUUUUUUGAUUUGUUAAUGCUUUUUGGUGGAUGUUGAUUGAAUUUGGUUGAAGUAUAUUUUCUUUCUCAAUUCUGUUAUCUAUAAUGAUUUUAUAUCAAUAUAACAGUUUUUAUCUCACAAAAAAAAAAAAAAAAUUACUCACGUUAGAUUUUUUUUAGUAAAAUUGAACAAAAUUUUUUAAAUGUAACAAUCUUAAUAGUUUAAGAAAAAAUUUUAAUAAUAUCAUUUAGUAUAUAUGUUAAAAUUUAUAAAAAUUUAAAUUUUAGGAUUAAAUAGACUUAAUUUAUUUAAUAUUAUAUUUUUUUUAUUGUUAGAGUGGAAAAUCGAAUGUGAUCACUGUAAUAAAUAUGAACAAUUUAUUCGAAAAUGGACAUUUGAAAAAAAUUCUGUGUACUGUAGAUGAAUGUCUGUACUCGUACUCGUAAGCUUUCAUAUUUUUGAACAACUUCCAAUCUAUUGUAAGUAUGUACUUACCUUUUCUCCCUUCACAUUUCGUUUUCCUUCCAUGGAAAUCAUACUAUUCUCUGUUUUUUUAUUUAUAUAUAUAAAUAUAUAAUAGACCCAUAUUUUUGCUACGAAGCUUCGGAGGCAAGAAACCUAUUUUCCUUCAAAAAAUGAAAAUGGGUUAAGGUGGUAAAGGUUUGUUAUAGAAUAGAAAAGGACCUGUAAGGAGAUGAUGACGAUGAUGAUGGAAAGUGGGGAAACUUCAGAUACGAGAAAGGAAGACUUAGACUCUGCUAAUGAUGGCUUCACUCAGAUUGUGCUUUCUUGGACUCUUGAAGACAUUUCUAAUGAAAAUCUUUAUAAGGUGGAAAAGAUUCCUGAAUCAUUUCAAUCGGUUGAGCAUUUUUUGGGAUCUUUUGUCUACCCUUUGUUGGAAGAAACUCGAGCGCAGUUAUACUCAAGUAUGGACAUGCUGCAUAGAUUACCUUAUGCCAAGGCAGUUGCUUUUGAUGAAACUAAGCCUCAUGGAGAAAAAGUUUAUCAAGUUCAAGUUGAUUACUGGAGGAACAGGUUCAAUGAUAAGAGCAAACAGCCUUACAAAACUUUUCCUGGUGACAUCAUGAUUUUAGUCAAUGCUAAACCAGAAACUUUCUCUGACUUAGAGAGGACAGGCAGAUCAUGGUCCUUUUUAUCAGUCUCUUGUAUCGCAGAGAAUGAGAAGAUGGAUGAUAGUAGUUCUACCACAGAGGAUGGGAACGGGAAUGAUAGUAACUCUAAGUCUUCUACUAAUUUCAAAGCCAAAUCUUCAAAGGAUUUGAACUAGAUAUGCAGAUGAAGACAUCAUUGUUUGUUGUUUUCCUGGGGAAUUUGACCACCAAUAAAAAGGAUUUGGAAGACAUUGCAUAUGUCAUGCUGCAAUCUUGAUAUGUUUGAAUAUGUUCUAACUAAUCGUUCAUGGGUUAAGGGAAAUUGUAUUACCUGUCCUGAGGAGAAUUGUUGCAGAUCUGAUGAGAAGUUAGUGAAGAGUCUAUCUUCCAAUAUGAAUGAGUCUCAGACUAGUGCAGUUGUUGCCUGUCUUCACAUGAUGCUACUCUUCUUGUUUCCCUCUUAAAGAUGAACUACAGAACUCUUGUUUGUGCACCAACAAAUGUUGCAAUAACUGAAGUGGCUUCUCAAGUCCUGAAGAUAGUUACAGAGUCUAAAUCCAUGUUCUGCUCAUUAGGAGAUAUUCUUCUGUUUGGCAAUACGGAGGAACUCAAAGUUGGCUCAGAUGUUAAAGAUGUAUUUUUGGAAUAUCGAGUUCAAAGGCUUGCGGAGUGUUUAGGUCCGGAUGGUUGGAACCAUUGCUUUCCUUCCAUGAUAAGCUUACUUGAACGUUGGGUUUCUCAGUACCGUGUUUUCCUGGAAUCUGAAUUGAUAAGAGAACAACAAGAACAGAGCUGUGGAACUAAUAUUAAAGAAGAAAUCAUAGAAAAGUUCAAACCAUUUCUUGAUUACAUGAGACAAAGGUUUGCUUCCACUGUCAAGCAGUUGAGAAAAUGCAUUUGGAUCUUUUGUACGCAUUUACCUCAAAGUUUCAUUUUGGAUCAAAAUUUUCUAAACAUGACAACCCUUACUGUGUUACUUGAUAGUUUUGAAGCACUUCUGUUACAAGCAAGGUAUGUAUAUACUUUUACUUCUCUUUUGCUUUUCUUAAUAACUACACUUUCAUCCUGAUUUUGUAAUAUAUGAUUCCUUAUCUACAAUGCUUUUUUCUGAACAGAUUUCUUAGGAAGCUAGUUUUGGAAGAAGUUUGUUUCAGAGGUUGAGCGCACUGAACCAUUCAAGACAUAUCCUAAAUAUUCAGUACAGAAUGCAUCCAUCAAUCAGUUCUUUCCCAAAUGCAAACUUCUAUCAUAACCAGAUUCUGGAUGCGUCUAAUGUUAAAAGGAAAAGCUAUGAAAAUCGUUACCUUCCAGCAUCAAUGUUUGGCAGUUAUUCUUUUAUAAAUGUUGUUGGUGGAAGAGAGGAGAAAGAUGAUGAUGGGCAUAGUCUAAAAAAUAUGGUUGAGGUUGCUCUUGUCGUCAAAAUACUGCAAAAUCUCUACAAAGGUAUUCAUUCUUGUAUGCAUGUUUAAUAUUCUCAUGUAUUAGUUUAUCUAAAUAUUGAUUAACUAAUGGACAAAAGUAAUCUCAGCUUAUUUAUUACUAUCAUUGUUACUGAUUUGUACUAAUGCCAAUUUGCAGGGAAGCUGUAUAUCAUUGUACACAUUGUUAUGCCAAUUUUAAAAUUUCUUGUCAUGCCAUAUUGUUUAUAAACUGAUAAUAUAUAUAUAUAUAUAUAUAUGUAUUCAUAUAUAUCCUACUAUUUAAAUUUUAAAAAAUUAUUGACA